ACCCUGCACACACAGAUCUGCACCCUGCCCAGACAUCCGCAUAUACUCACCGUCACAAACACAGACACCCUGCACACACAGACCUGCACCCCGCCCAUACAACCACAUAAACACGCCAUCACAUACACAGCCACCCUGCACACACAGAUCCGCAGCUCCCCCAUAGACUCACAGUCAUGUACACUGCCCUGGGGAGUCCCCCCAUGCCUGUUCCUACUUCCCCAUUAGCCAUAGGACAGGCUGGCUCACUGCGGCACUGGGCCAACGGCUGCAGCUGCCCCUGGAGGGUGGCCGUGCAGUGGCCCAGUGGGGACAUGGGCAGCACUGAUGUCGGGCACUUUCCCUGCACACCCAGGAGUUCGACCACCACUGUAAGUGGCUGAACAACUGCAUUGGCUGCCGCAACUUCCGCUUCUUCUUCCUGUUCGUGGCCUUCCUGUGCAGCUACAACGUGGUGGUUCUGGCUUCCUGCAUCACCUAUCUGGUGCUCAACUUCCACCAGGCCUAUGGUGCCGAAAAGAUCUGUGCGUAUCCUUGGAGAGAUGAGCCAGGGCUUCCCCCAGCCACGGAUCCCUGAGCACGCAGCUGGCACAGAGCACCCAGCCCCGGGCGUGCAGCUGGCACAGAGCACCCAGCCCUGGGCACGCAGCUGGCACUAUGCACACACACUGAGCUUCACCCCACACAGGCCAGAGUUGUGGGGCUCCAGGGGGCUGGGGCUGAUCUUUGUGGUCCUUCAGGAUGUCACACACACACACACACACAAGCUCUGUCCCACACUCAGUGGGAGGGCCGAGGACUCGCCCCUCAGCAGGAGCACAAUCCUGUCCAGACCUGGCUUUAUAUCCUUCCCUUACUCUCCUGCUGCCAGCAUCAUGGUGACCAUCCCAGCUGCUCUCUACCUGCUGCCCCUCCUGAUCCUGGUGGGAUCCCAGGCCAGUUUCAUCACUCUGGCUAAACGCACCUAUGAGCUCAAGAUUCGCGAGGCGGGCAAAGCGAAUCCCUUCGACCUGGGAUGGGCCAGGAACUGGUACGCGGCCCUGUGUGCCCCACAGGGACCAAAGUACAUGGUUCGAGCCGCCAAACCAAAGGCAGUGACCCACAGAAGCAGGAAGGCCCGGCUCCUUCCCCAGAUGUCACGCCUGAACACGGCACCUGCUGAACUCUCAUCCCACCGCUGCCCCCAGGACGUGCCUCGCCAGGGGAGGGCAGCCAAGGCUGGCGCCAAGAGGACCUGGUGCCCGGCAAGCCCAGAGAGGAAGGUGAACGCAGCGAUGAAAGUCCCAGGCAUGGCUGAGUGGCCAGCGACGGCGGAUGGUGGAGGAGGUGCGCACUGGAAAUCCCAAAUACACAUCAGCAGCAGAGCGGUCUCACCCAUGGCCGCGCUCCUUUCAGUGUCUGAUAUUUAAAGGGACCCCUGACGGCAGCUCUUGGUUUAUUCCAGGUACAAAGGCUCCCCAAGAGAAAACCCUGGACAAACCGAUGAAUAAAGUUUCUAUCCCCAAG